GGUAGCCAUGUUAGAAGUUAGCUAUAUGUCAAAAAUGAAAAUUUCUUUGGAGAGUCAUCGAGAAAAAUAUUCUAACGGUUAUAGAGAUUUCUUGAUAAUUCAGUAAAGUUUUAAGUUUUAUUUGUAUAUUGGCCCACACGACGAUGUAUAAAAACAAAAAAGAAGUUGAUAAACACGUGGAAAACCUGUUAGCCAAGUUAUCCGAAAAAGACUUUAAAGCUAGAGCAUAUUCUGUUGCGCGUCUGUAUUACGAUGUUGGCGACUUCAGAAGCUGUCAAAAAUACGUUGAACAAUACCUGACUCUCAAAGCCAACAAUGCAGCGGCACAUAAGCUCCUGGGGCAAACAUAUCUAAAACUAGGACAAAAGGAAAAUGCUUUCGAGGAAUUCAAAACCUCCUUGGAGUUGGACCCCACACAAACUAGUGUGAUAAUUGAAAUCUGUGAAUUACUUUCUGGCGAUGAUAUAACAAUUGAUUAUGGACGUGCAAAGUACUGGUGCGGAAAAGCUGAAGUAACAUUUCCGAAACACCCAAUAACUUUUAAAUUGAAGGAGAAACUUUUAUCUGUUGCCAAUUCUGAUCCUGAAGCAUUAUUGAAGCUCUUAAAGUCUGAACUUUCUGUAAGACCCAGAGAUGCAGUACUUCAUGUUCGACUGUUAAAGCACUACUUGAGCGAAAAUAAAAUAAAAGAAGCGUUUCAGCACAGCUGCAACAUUGAGUUUGGAAAAUUCCCAUUUAUCAAUAAUAUGGCUUGGUAUGAAACCCUAUCUGAGAUCCUUAAAUUAAAUGAUGUUAAAUCAGAUAUGUCACACCAAUUAUUAUUAUUGACUGUUAAAGAAAGACUUUGCAUGUUAAGCCUUACUGAAGUACCCCAAGGAACAGCAAGGGGCACACUUGAAUUUAGUGAAAAUUUAUUGUGUGACUAUGACCAAGCUAUUUAUACUACUACACUGGAGGGCCCUCCACAGGGCUAUGCAGAAUUUCAUAAUAGUCUUAUUCAACAUCAUAGAGGACAAAUAGCCUUCUUGGCAGCAACAUUUAUUCUUAAAAAAGCUAAAAAAGAUCAAAUUAAUUGGUGUGACAGUACAGAUAUUGCCAAUGUGUUAAUGUUAAUUUCUUGGCAAACAGUUCCAAUAGAUCCUAAAGCUAACUGGCUUAUAGGAGCAUCAGAAAAUCAAAAAACAGCAGUGCUUAGAUGGUUUUUAGAAGGCUCAUACAGGUGCUCACAGUCUGGGCAUUUUAUUUUGACCUGUAGCGAAGGAAGUGGCCAACUAUUUCUGGAUAAAAUAUGCAGAUUUUGUUCAGGAAAAAAUUGGAAAGAUAAAAUUUAUGAACAAAUUUUUAAAAACAAAAAACAAUCAGCCUCUGUUAAAUCAUAUAUGAAAUCAGGAAAUUUUAAAUCACCAGUUUUAAGAUUACCCAGAAGAGCAGAAGUGCAAGCAUAUGACCAGGAUGCUCAAAAGCAAUAUCCAAAUUCACUUCAUCACUUUGUGUGGCUUCUGAAUAAUUAUAAAGAAAUUGAAAAGUUUCAGUGCACUAUUUUUGACAUGCUUACCCCUCCAAUCACCUCCAGUGGACCAGAAACUCUGAAUAAAUAUGAUGUUAAAGCCUUUAUGUACUGUGCAGCACUAAGUGCCCAACAGUUGAAACAAAAGUCUACUACAAUUAAUAAUGAUAGACCAGUUCUAAUACCUGCACAUAUCACUGACCUUUUGUGCACAUUGCCACAGCUAAAAUGGUGGGAUUGUGCUUAUAAGUAUAGUCAAAACGAACUCGGAAGUGAAUAUACUGAUAUUCGAUCAACAUUAAGCAGAGGAAUUGAAGUUGUUAGGUGUGUUGAUAAUCAUGGUCUUGACCCUGAACUUUUAUGUAUAUUAGGAAGGAUAUUUAGUGCAUUGGCAGAAGAAAGUUCUAAUGCUGAUGACAAAAAUAUGUUAGAAUCCCGAGCUGCUCUAUACUAUACAUCUGCUAUACCCCUUCUAGAGAAAAUUAAAAGCAAGACAAUGAUAAAACUUCCAGCCCAAAGGAUGUUUAAUUAUACUCAUAAAGAAUUUGAAACCAAAGAAUUAAUGUCUUUGGUACAUGAAUGUAAAUUGUUUAUGGCUAUUAAACAUUUCAAUGAAUGUGAUUAUGUAAAAACAGUUGAAUAUCUUAAUAAUCUUAAAUCCCCAGAAGCAUAUUAUUAUAUUAGUGAGUCAUAUAAAAAGAUAGCAGAGGAAGAUAAAAACUUAUCAAAAAAUUAUGGUGAUAUAGACUCCAAAUUUGUGGCAUUGCUUAGAAAGUCAAAAAGUUUUGCUCACAAAGCAUUAGACAGUAUAAAAGAGAAGGAUGGCUACAAAUCCAAUCCAUUGUAUUCCAAUAUACAAGAGCUCAUUGAGAAAAUAGAAAUUCAUUUCAGACGUGUUGAUUCAAACAUUUCAUUUUCAAUUUUAAAUGACAUAGACAACAAAUAUUCUUCUGAUGACAAUGGUGAGACUGAUAGUAUGCCUUUAAGAAGUAUUGCAGAGCUGCAUCGAAAUCUCAGCUCCACUCCUAAAAACAGUAAUAAACAAAUAGUUAACAUGAAUACCACUAACUAUCGAACUGCAAUGGAGUCUCAAGUAUUUGAAACAUCAAGUGAUAAUCCAAAGGUUAUAGAUAAACUAGAAAAACAAAUAAUAAAUCUUCAGAACAGAGAUACCACAAUAGACCAAUUCAUGGAACAAACAAGGAGUUGGUUUGAUGAAAAUCGUAAAUUAGGGAAUCAAAUUAUUAGUACAAUUAAUUCAAAUAUUGAAAACACAACUGAACAGUUUAAACUGCUUAAAAUAUCUGUUGACCAAGUUAAGGAUCAGAUUGCUGAGUGUAAAAAUGAUUGCAAAGAUGUUGCAGAUUUAAAAAAGCAAGUUUCAGAACUACAAAAAGAAGUGAGUAAGCUGAAGAAGUCCUCUGAACAAACCAUAGAUGAAAGUGAGCUUUAUAGCUUGGAUGAAGAAUAUCGAUCGAAUGAUAAUGCUGCUUCAUUUGGGGCUCAGAUGCAAUUUCCAACAUCACAUGUAGUGCCUCCCUUUAAUCAACGGCUUUUACCGCCAUUCCCAAUGCCCCCAAAUCCUUAUCAAUUAUAUGGACAAAACUUUUACAACCUUUAUAACCAGUACUCUCAAUUUGCACAGCCUCAAUCUGUUCCUGCUGCAGCUUCUUUGUUUGAUGCUAGUCGAACUCAAGUGAAUUAUCCAGGAGUUUAUCCAACACCAGAUCAGAUGUACCUAGAUGUAGCUCACCUUAUUCCCCCUGUUGUACAAUCAGCUCCAGCAAUAAUACCAACAGUCACUACCCUUUCCACUGCAACAACUACAGCAAUUAACACUGCUACAACAGCUGUGAAUUCAAAUAAAAUAAGUCAAUCGUUGGAUUUGAAACAACAAAGUGGACGAACAUUACCUGUAAAUGUCGUAAUAACCUCUUCCGAUCCAUUACCCUUAAAUACCUCCACUCCUGCACCAGUAUUAAGUGUUACUAUUCCUCAAAAACAUAUAAAAGGAAGUCCCCACAAUUACCAAAUAGCAAUGCCUAACAACAACAACUGUAAAACUCAAACAUUUACACCUCCGGUAUUUAAUUUUCCAUCAAGUACUAAUGAGCGAUCAACUGUUCUAAAUUGGAAUACGCCUUUUUCAAAUAUAAACAAUGAAGCUAUUCAUGCAAGUGAUACAUCGAAGACCGUUGUUGAUGGAGUAUUUAUGUCACCAGCAGCAAACACAACUUUAAAUAAGUCUAGAACACUUUCAGAGAAAAGCAAUACUUCUAUUGAAAAUUAUGACCCUUGUCCGGAUUUUAAACCAAUUGUUCCUUUGCCAGCUGAAGUUAAAGUGACUACUGGAGAAGAAAAUGAAACAGUAGUAUUUAGUGCUCGUGCAAAACUAUACCGUUUUGUGGAUAAACAAUGGAAAGAAAGAGGUAUUGGUGAAAUGAAAUUACUUAAGCAUAAUGUAACACAUAAAGUCAGAGUACUAAUGCGGCGGGAACAAGUGCACAAAAUUUGUGCUAAUCAUAUAAUUUUGCCAGAAAUGGAAAUCAAGCCCAUGAAAAACGAAACAAAGGCGUACUUUUGGGUAGCAAAUGAUUUCGCAGAAGAAACAGUUAUUUUGGAGAAAUUUUGUGUCCGAUUUAAGACUGCUGAUAUUGCGAAGGAAUUCUAUGAGCAAUUUGAACAGGCACGUGAAGCAACCAGUGUUGGUGACAAAGCAAAUGUGAGAGCACAAGAUGCAUCCGUUAAAGUCAUAGUUCCCGAAGCCGCAUCUAAUGUUGAAAAUAAUCAAACAAACAAAACUGUUGUUGGUGGAUUUACUUUCCUUAGUACACCAAUGUUUAAGAGUGUUCCUCAAUCAUCUAACGCAGAAACAAAGACAGAGACAAAAUCAACUAAUGUCAGUGUAUUUAGCAGUUUAAACUUUAAGACAACUAAAAAUUCUCUAUCUAAUAAUGUACCUAAUCCGUUUGACACCAAAGUUAAUUCGCAAAACAUAGAAUCAUCCGUUAAUAAUGAAAGUUUGAACAUUUCUAGUAUAUCAAAUAAAUCUGAUAUUGUUGAGGACUUUGAACCUUUAACGGAAUUCAAACCUGUUAUACCAUUACCAGCUCUAGCUGAACAAAAAACUGGAGAGGAGAAUGAAACAAUUCUUUUUGAGCAUCGUGCUAAACUUUUAAGAUUUGACUCUGAUGCUAAAGAAUGGAAAGAACGUGGUCUAGGAAAUAUGAAGUUAUUAAAAGACAAUGAAAGCAAUAAAUUACGAUUGCUUAUGAGAAGGGAACAAAUAUUGAAAAUUUGUUGUAAUCAUGCUGUCACUAAAGAAAUGGUUUUCAAAAAAAUGCCUUCAAUGGAUAAAGCUGUAACAUGGUGUGCCAAAGAUUUUUCCGAAAAUGAGUUAGUACCUGAAACAUUUUGUCUUCGAUUUAAAACUGUUGAAGUAUGUGACGAUUUUAUGAAGGUUCUACAGAUGGCACAAUCUAAGUUAGAUAUGAAAGAAAAAUUUGGAAAUAAUACUGAACAAAAGACUGAAAUAAAUAGCAAAGAAAGUAGCUUUGGUGCUCAAUUUAAGCCUAAGGCGGGAUCAUGGAAUUGUAGCUCAUGUUAUGCAAAUAACGAUAGUAAUUCGACAAAAUGUGCUUGUUGCGAAAAUCCUAACCCACAAAUAAAAAUACAGAAUGACAAUUCUACCUGGGGUGAUUUGUUUAAACCACAGCAAGGAACUUGGGAAUGCAAACAAUGUCUUAUCAGGAAUCAGAAGGAAAAAAAUAACUGUAAUGCGUGCAAUAGUCCUAGGGACCCUUCUAUUAUUCCGAAACCUGAAAGUAGCACUAAUACGAGUCUUCCACAAUUUAAAUUUGGCAUUCCAUCACAAGUAGUUUCUAUUUCAGAACCUGUGAGUAGUAACUCAAGUGCGCUUUCAGAAUGGGCUAAUAAAUUUCAACCCAAAGAAGGAACAUGGGAAUGCAAACAGUGUGCUAUUAGAAAUAAUAAAGAAAAAGAAAAAUGUGAGUCUUGUGGGUUUCAAAAUCCUGAUAUUGUACAAACUGAGAAAAUUUCUAUAUUUGGCAACACCAUGUCUUCAAAAUUUAGUUUUCAAACACCUCAGCCUUCUCUUGGGCAAAAGAUUGAAAGUAACACAAAUAAUUUAAAUUUCAAUAAUGUGGGAACUUCCUUUAAAUUUGGAAUUUCUAACCUCAAUGAUAAUAACGUUUCUACUGAUAAAAAUGAUAUAAGCACACCACUAACCGCUAAGAGUGAGACACAAAAUUUACAAAUCAAGCCAGCAUUGCUACCAACCCCUGAAGUAAAUUCAACAUUAACAUUCGGAUCAAAAGACGGAGGGACAUUUGACUUUUCUUUAAAACCAAAGUCACCUAACAAAAGUAAAAGCCCUGCAAAAACUCCACGCACUCCAAAGGAUGGAGAUGGAGAUGACAGUGGAGAUGAAGAAUGCCCAUCUGAUGAUGAAGGUCGCCAAAUAUACUUCAGCCCAGUUAUACCAAUGCCAGAUAAGGUUGAUGUUGUUACCGGCGAAGAAAAUGAAACUGAAUUGUAUGGCCAUAGAGCAAAAUUGUUUUUGUUUUCGUCUGGAGAAUGGAAAGAACGUGGACUUGGAAUUGUUAAAAUUCUAAAAUCGAAAGUUAGUGGAGCCUUAAGGGUUCUUAUGCGCCGUGAGCAAGUUCUGAAGAUAUGCUUAAAUCAUAUUCUUACACCUGAUAUCAUUUACAAACCUAAAGAUGACAAAACAUGGUUAUUUGCAGCUAAUGAUUAUAGUGAAGGAGAACUACAGCUUCAACAAUUUUGUUUAAGAUUCCAAAAUAAUAAAAUUGCAUUAGAAUUUAAAGAUGAAUUAGAUAAAGCUAUUAAAGAUAAAUUUGGUGACAUUGUUAAAAUAAAUGACAGCAAACUCAAAGAUACGGAUAGUGAAGAUGUUGUUUUUGUCUCCGAAGUUCAAGCGUCUUCGGAAGAAAAACAAGUAGCAAAAGAUUUAAUGUUACCGGAAAACUUCCAUACCUACAAAAAUAAAGACCCGUGUCAAGGCUGCCGCGGUUGUGAUGAAGAUAGUGAUGAAAAAUCUGACACGACACUAAUAUCAUAUCCCAAAGAUUCAUUACAAGCUAAAGAUGGAUCAUCACCAGAUAAAAAUAAUCAAUCAGAAUUUACUGUUAGUGAGACAAACUCAAUGUAUGGUACACCUGUAGCAGGAGAAAAAUCUUUUGAUACAUCAAUAUUUCGCACUCCAAUGGGAAAUACAGGAUCUGGAGAGAAUUAUAAAACUAUUUUUGGGUUUGAUAACACGAAAACUGACACAAAAACGCCGCAAAAUAUAUUCAGUGGUUUUAAUUUAAAACAACCAUCUUUUGGUCCAUCUGUUAAUGAACAAAGUUCUACUAAACCUGUCAUGUUUGGUAAUGUUGGAUUUGGCCAGACCCCAACAUCUAGUUUUAAAAGUUCUAUUUUAGCAGCACCUAAAUUGUGUGCUAAUGCUGGUGAUAAAGAAGUGACCCCAAAAUCAAUAUUUGGUUCUUCUGCAUCAAAAAGUACUUUUAGUGAAACUAAUAACAUCUUUAAAUCUGGGUUCUUAACAAGUAAUGUAUUUGGUUCUAUCCCACAAAACCAAAUUGGUGACACUAAAAAGUCUGAAACUCCAACACAAACCAUGUUCUCACAAGAUAAUAGUCAGCCUAAAAAUUUAUUUGCAAAUAUACAAAGUAAUACUUCAGGUAUAUUUAACCAGGGUAAUACUUUUAAAUUCGGUAUCGACAAAAAUACUAAUAUUGCCCCUGUUUUGGAAACGAAAUCAGAGGCAGCAGUGAACUUAUCUGUUGAUCCAGUUACUAUAAAGGGGGUAGCACCUGAAGUUUCUAUUGUUGAUGCUGUGAACAAAAAUUCUGAAGAGGCACCAAUUUUGAAAGUAGAUAGCAACUUAUCAUUCGCGGCAUUAUCGACGCCGAAAAAUCCAGAAUUUACUAUUGAAAAAAAGCCAGACUUCAAGUGGGAAGGUCAAGGCCAACAGUUGUUUGCGAACAAAAAUAAUACAACCUUAAAUUCUAGUGAGGCUGAAAAUACAUCAACAAAUGAAGAGGAAUAUGAUCCACAUUACGAGCCAAUUGUUCCCUUACCAGAGAUUGUUACUGUCACUACAGGAGAAGAAGAUGAGGAGAAAAUAUUUGGCGAACGCUGUAAACUAUUUAGAUUUGAUGAAACAACACGCGAAUGGAAAGAACGGGGUGUAGGUGAGAUGAAGAUAUUGUACCAUACAGAGAGAAAAACAUAUAGAUUGCUGCUUCGAAGAGAGCAAGUUCAUAAAGCGGUACUAAAUAUGUUGAUAAUAAUGGACUUUGAAUUAUUACCUAUGAAGAAUUCAGAUCGUGCAUGGACAUGGGCUGGUGUCAACUAUGCCGACAGCUCUGGAGAACAAGAAAUGCUUGCAGUACGAUUUAAAUCGGUUGAACUAGCCAAUAAAUUUAGAGACACAGUGCUUGAUUGUGUACAUAAAUUACAAGUAGCAGCCGCAGAAGCUAUACGAAUGGAAAAAGAAAGAGGAGUGGGGUCUGCGUCUAAUGAGGAACAAAAUACAUCGAAUACAAGUGAAGGUCAGGACAAAGAGAAUGCUGAUGAGUCUGCCGAUUCAAGCACAUCAAAACAUGUAGAAUUCCUGGUAGCUGAGUGUGACUAUGGGGAGGAAGAGAACUGCUAUUCACCAGAAGAAGAAGAUGAAGACUCGCUAGGGUACUAUAAUGAGGACGAAGAAUACUAUGACACUAUUGGCGAGGUUUUAGUAGAAGAGGAUGGCAUACAGCGACCGCGGGAGUGGGCAGCAAUUAAAGUCCUGUUUGAUUGCAAUGUCUGCUCGCCCAAGAUACAAAUUGUUAGCAGCUCCACAUCGGAGACAAUCAUUGACAUGAUGAUACACUCGGAUACUGAGUUUGAGAUGAAUGACGAUUCUUGUACGUGGUCCUUUGUGGACUAUAGAAGAACACCGCACAUUGAGAAGAAAAUCACUGCAUAUUUCAAGGAUCAGGCCACUGCUAUGGAGUUUUACGAUAGCUGCGAGACAAGUAAAACGGCCACGUACGCUUCGAAUGAAGAUUCCGGCUAGUAUUGGUAAUGCAAAAAAGUGUGUGUUAGGUGUUAGGUUUGAUUUAAUUAUACAUAUAAUUAUUUGUGUUUGUACAUAGUGAUUCAUUAAACUUAUAAUCUGGCGCGGCUCAAUACUUGUCGUUUUAUCAAAACUCAAAAAACCCACACAAGAUGUUUAAGAAGUAUCAAAAUUAUUUGAAAGUGACAUUUUAAUACUUAGUCAUUAUAUAUGCAUACCUACAGCAUGACUGGUUUAGACAUCAACGAUAUGAAGAAAAUAAUUACAUAAUUAAAUAUUGACUUGAUAGUUAGCUUAACUGAGUAAUUAAUUACGGAUAGCACGCUGAUCGUAGGACGCGGAAUUAGUAAUGGCGAACACACGGACCUGCCGGUGCUUGCGCUUAACUAACGAAAUAGUCGCGCAGUGCAGUAAUGUACACUUCAUUUAUUUAUAGGGUAAUUUGUUCAAAAAUUAAGUAUUUUUUACAUUAUUAAUACGAGAAUCGAGUACCGAUUACUCUCCUUGCAUAUAUAUUAAUAAUGUCUCACCAGUCAUCUGUAUAGUUCGGGACAGUACUUUAAGCACCCAAUAGCGGCUGCUACUCUUAAUUCCAAGAUUCUCUUUUAUAAUCAAGUUAUCGUUAACGAAUUUGGCAUUAUUUGAAAUCAGCUUGAAUAACAUCUUUGAAAUGUAAUUAGGUCUUGUAUACAUAUUUUAAAUAUUGGUGCCCAAAGUGCAAACUUUUUUAUCCAUAUUUCUGCGGUUAACAUUCUUAUUCUUAAUAAAUGCAUUGAAUAGCUUCAAGGAGGUCUGAUCAAUGUUUGUAACCUUUUCCUUUAAAAGGAUCUUAUUGUGAUUAUUUAUAAUGUUUAGAUAUGUAUCAUGUAAAUCUUGUAUUUUUACUGACGCCAUUGAUCAGGUCUUUUUGCUACAUGGCUUAGUUAUAUAAUUAUGUGUAUGACUUAACUUAUAUUAUUUAAUGGGAAAGGUUUUGUCUAGACUACGUCAUUUUAAAAGUGACCUACUUUCCUUGUUUAAAUAUGUAACUUUAAUCUUAGUAAGCCUAUGUAGUGAAUAAAAUUAUAAAAAAUAA